AUGGUAGGAACAAAAUAUACACAGAUAGAGGACACAUCUUACAUAAGGAAGAUAUGGAAGCCGAUGGUAGAGAAAAAGAGGCGGGAAAGAAUGAAUCAAAGUAUUUCACAGCUGAAGUCGCUCAUCGCCCAGACUAUCCAGCAGAAUACUGCUCCUAUGACUCGCGUUGACAAAGCCGACAUUCUCGAGCUCACAGUUUAUCACCUUACACAGUUACAACAACAACAGCGAUCUGUGACCAUGGCGACAGAGGCUGCAGCAUUCAGUGCGGGAUACAAAGCGUGUGCACGUGAAGCCGUGACGUAUAUGGCUAGCAAUCAGAUGGCAAGUUCUACAGUCACUGGAUCCCUGAACAGUCACCUUCAUAGUUCAUUCCUGAUGAACAGCAGACGACAGCAAUCGGCAACUCGUCUGCAAAAUAAUCCAAAGGGCAGUAACUCUCAGAUAAAAACAGAGCGCUUGUCGACUCCCCUCAGACAUUGUGACAGUUUCAAUACGUCCUUGCCAGAAUUGAACCUAUCCGGAUAUUCGCCUAUCGUAAACAAUACACAAAGUCUACCGGAACUUACGUCAUCAUUUGUGCACGCUGGCCUUAAUUCCAGUUCAUCCUCAGAAUAUUUCAGUACCGAUUCGAGUGUAAGCAUUUCGUCCAGUGAUUCGUGCUUGUCACAUUCUGAUAACAGCACAGGCGAUGAUUAUAGAGCAGAAAAUGAAGCGAAGGAUCUAGAAUGUAUAGAUGUUGUUUCUGUUGGUAACGGGAAGGAAAACGAGAUUGGUCAUGUGAUUAAAGAUGUUCUUUGGCGGCCAUUUUAA